CACCAUGUUUGCCAGAUCUGCCUUCCGCGCGGCUCAGCCGCUCAAGAUGCAUGCGCGCCGCUAUGCCACCGAGUCUGGCGCCAAGGGCAACUCCAACACGCUGCUCUACGGCGCCGGUGCCGUCGGCGUGCUCGGUGCGGGCUAUUACUUCCUGAGCGGCUCACCCGCCGCCGGCAAGGCUGAGAGCAAGGCCAAGGAGGCUCUUGGCGUGGCUGCUCCCAAGGCCUUCACCGGCGGCGACCAGGGCUUCCUCUCUCUCAAGGUCUCUGAGAUUGAGGACGUGAACCACAACACCAAGAGGGUCCGAUUCGACCUGCCGGAGAAGGAUCAGGUUUCUGGCCUGCACAUUGCCAGUGCCGUCCUGACCAAGUUCAAGGCCCCCGAUGCUGAAAAGGCCACUCUGAGGCCUUACACCCCCAUCAGCGACGAAGACGACAGGGGCUUCAUUGACCUUCUGGUCAAGAAGUACCCCAACGGCCCCAUGAGCACCCACAUCCACAGCCUCAAGGUCGGCGACUCGCUGGCCGUCAAGGGCCCUCUCCCCAAGUACCCUUGGACCGAGAACAAGCACGAGCACAUCGCCCUCAUUGCCGGCGGCACCGGCAUCACCCCCAUGUACCAGCUCGUGCGCGCCAUCUUCAAGAACCCCAACGACAAGACCAAGGUCACCCUCGUCUUCGGAAACGUCACCAAGGAGGACAUCCUGCUCAAGCACAAGUUCGACGAGCUGGAGAACACGUACCCGCAGCGCUUCCGCGCCUUCUACACCCUGGACAAGCCGCCCAAGGACUGGGUCGGCGGCGGCGGCUUCAUCUCCAAGGACCUGCUGAAGCAGGUCCUGCCCGAGCCCAAGAGCGAGAACAUCAAGGUCUUUGUGUGCGGCCCUCCUGGCCUGAUGAAGGCCAUUUCGGGCCCCAAGACGAGCCCCAAGGAUCAGGGCGAGCUGACGGGCGCUCUGAAGGAACUUGGCUACACUGCUGAGCAGGUGUACAAGUUCUAGAC